CCCAUUGCUGCUGCUCUUCUUCUUGGAACCCGCGAAACCCACCGUCUCACUCUCUCAGUCUCAACGAGGACUCUCCCGGAGGCCGGAGCAAAAAACUUGCCGGCGGAGAUCGUCAAAGUCGCUUUCCCUGACCACCUCAUCCUCGCCGACCUUCCGGUGGCCAAGGGCAUUGGGUCAGCCACUGCAGCUUCGCCUGUCAAGACAAUCGGUCGCCGGUCCCGUCGUCAGCUCGGUGAACGUGUCCACUUUUGUGUUCGCUGUGAUUUCCCGAUUGUUAUCUAUGGAAGACUAGGACCUUUGGCCUUUUAUAAGGGCUUCAGCCCAAAUUUUGGAAGGCUAGGAUCUUGGAAUGUGAUCAUGUUUCUAACCUUUGAGCAGGGUGGAUGCUCGGGCAUGUCAAUGGACUCCGAGAGCAAAGAAAAUGCAAGACCAGAUGUUUCAAUCAUUGAAUAUAAUGGUUUUGAGAUAGGACCUGAAGCAGAACUUGCAGCAAUCUAUUCUGUAAUAGGGGAGCAACCGGUUCAUAUUAGGCAGAUGUCGAUUCUAUUAAGGAAAAAUUAUAUACAAUCUGGUUUAUGAUUGCGGUGUGAUUGGAAUGCUGGAAGCUUGAAGGAAGAACUUGCAAAAUAGUUCCACGGCUGGAGGAAAUGCAGAAGAGAAAAAUUGAAAGAAAAAAUCAAUUUCUAGAAGUUGCAGAGGAGAUACAAGUUAUUUCAAGUGAAAUUAAUGGAAGCACAAGUUGCAUAAAUAGAUGUGGAUGAAACUGAUUUUGUCUUUGAGAAGGCUUGAACAAUUGCACAGGCAGCUCCAUGCACUCCAAAAAGAGUCGAGUGAUAGGCUGAAGCAGAUACAGGCCCGUCUAGGUACAUUGAACUAGCUUUGCUUAGUUGAUAUGGAUUUCAAACAGACAAUCAGUGAGGUUAUACAGUCUAGAUAAUUCAGAAGGAUGCAAAUGAUUGAGUGUUGACAUGAAUUAGUCACUUGGUUUUGUGACCUUCUGUGGCAUUUGAAUCUUAAGGGACUGAGUUACCAAGAAAUUUUUGACCAACCUUUAGCCCAAAAUGUUUUGGCUUCCAUUUCAGUAAUGCUUUUUGUUUAAAUGUUAAAAGAGUUCAAUGAAUAUCGACUUAGAUUUGAAAUUCAGUUCAAUAUAUAUUAUCUAAGCAGCCAUACUCAGUUAUUGCUUAAGAUGAUGUAUCAUGUAUACCAGUGACCUAGCUUAAGCUAAUUGUUUAGGAUUGAGUUAAAUAAUACAUCUAGCGUUUCGUA